AUGUCGCUACAGCUAAUCUUUUUCCUUUGCGGCUGUACAUAUCGUGGGACAUAUCCUCAGCGGUGUCCGUGGAAGAAGCAGAAGAAGAAGACGACGCCUUGGUGCGGCUUCGUGACUUUCCCCGCUUACAAAGUCCGUAUCCCACGAAAAAACAGCGUCAAGCACCGGUUCAUGCUCAUGGACAGGUUCGGACAAUACCUGCAGAAUAUCCUCGACCGGCAGGGCAAGACGCUUUCUUUGAAGCACGCUUUCAGCAUCAUCAUGCCCGUCUUGGAGUGCUUCCACAGCUACGAGUACAUCCACACCUAUGCCGAUAUGAAGGCGUCCUGGGUGCCACAUUGUUUUAGCAAAAACAACGAAAACAAGCUAUAUCGGCAGGACUUUGGAUUCAUCUAUCGGUGCACGGAAAACGGCAAGCGCAAGGAAUACGAGGACGAUUGGAGGAAGGCGCACGACGGCACCAUUGAGUUCACGGGUCCGCACAACCACACUGGUGCGCACUCGCGAAGGGGUGACGCGGACCUGGGAUUCAACGUGUUCCAGUGGCUUUGUUGCCAACUGCUCUGGGAGGACGACCUCAAGAACCCCGAGUACGUCAGCCAACAAAAGAAGGCUAUUGUGGAAAACAUCCCCCUGCUGAUGAGAUGCUUCCACACGGGACAUUCCAUGUGGAAUCACCGAGUUCCUGCAGCACGUGUAUUCCGUGAAGUUUAA